CUCACCGACAAAAAGGGGUGGGGCUAAGCUAUGAGCUGGAGUUCACCUGAUAAGUAUUAUAAGCCAUGGCACAAGUGCACGAGUUCAAGGUGGUGAUGACAUGUGAGGGUUGCUCCGGAGCAGUCAACAGAGUGUUGGGGAGAAAGCAAGAGGUGACCAAGACAGAGAUUGACAUGGAGGCUCAGAAGGUGACAGUUGAGUCCACUCUCUCAGCUGAGGAGCUGCUCGCAAUCCUCAAGAAGACUGGCAGAGAAUGUUCUUACAUUGGCAUCAAGCAAUAAACUGUUACUGCUAGUGAUAAUAUUAAAGUUAAACAUGCUACUAGCUCUAUAUAUACAUAAUAUGACUGUUAAACAGUAUAUAAUUUCAACCCUAGAAUUAUUGUUGCAUUAUUGCUUAUAUACAUGUAGCUCUGAAAUUUAAUGCUAAAAUAAGAAUUAUUGUUGCACAAAUAGAA